AUGCUCCGGGACUCUGAUCUAGAUUCCCUCAAUGGGCAUCUGGCUUCCUUCUCGCUGGAUCAACAAAAGCAACAUGACAGCCUUCAGGAGCUUCUUGGCCAAUUCAAGAGCCUGUUAGAUGACUACAGCUCCCUCAAGAGUGACUAUGAGGAAGUCAAAGAUGGCCGUGAGAAAUACAAACGCCAGGCUCGAGGCCAGGACCGUAAUCCCUUCGUUUUGGUACUCGUUGAUGGCGAUGGAUACUUAUUCAAAGAGCAUUUCUUAAAGAAUGGCAGCGAAGGCGGCAUUAACGCCGCUCGUGAGCUGAGUGAUUCUAUUAGAGAACUAAUGCAUUCGACAAUGGGAAUGCAGGCAGAGCAAUGUCGAAUCAUGGUUCGCGUUUACGCCAAUGUCCUUGGCUUGUCAAAGGCACUUGCCCGAGCCGGACUCACUGGUCACGAGGCUCGAUCUCUCUCCCCAUUCACCUCUUCCUUUACCCGUGCACAGGAGCUGUUUGACUUCGUGGAUGCGGCAGAGAAGAAAGAGGGUAGCGACUUCAAGAUUCGGGAAAUGUUCCGCCUCUUCGCAGACCUCAACCAAUGCCGACACAUCUAUUUUGCAGGCUGCCAUGAUACUGGAUACGGCUCCCUCUUGACCCCGUACAGAGGAAGUGACCGUAUCACGCUCAUCAAAGCCGCAGGUUUCCAUAGGGAAUUUGAAGCUCUCGGCCUUCCCAUCAAAGAGUUACCUUCGGUAUUUUCUUCUACACCUUUAGCUACCACCAAGCCACCUACGGGUCCCGCUGGUGCUAAAGCAAGUGGUAAUGGUACAAAUGGUGUUCAUCACCAGUCGACUGGUUCAAACGGUGGAAGCCCCACCAAGCCAAUUUGCAAGCAUUUCCAGAAGGGUAUCUGCAAAUUUGGCAAUGGGUGCAAUAAGCAACACGUACUGCCGAACCAGUCACUAACACACGCUCCCUCAUCUAAAAAUUCCGCCACUUCACCAAAAUUCUCAAAGGCGACAUCAGCUUUCUGGACAUCCCCUACCGCGAUUGGUCGAACUGAAGACUUCCUCCAGUCUAUGCUUCCUCUUCCAAGCAUCAAAACUGAAGAAUUUAUUCCGGUUAACAAAGAAGGUGACCGCAUUGAUCCAUACUAUCCCCAGCCCUCGGCAGAAGCUUUUGACGAGUACCACUCCCGGGCAAAGGAGCAUAAGGUGUGCAAUAGUUACCACCUUUCUGGGGAAUGCGGCGAUAUGAGCUGCCCUUACGAUCACACCGAUGUCUCAAACACCGUGGUCGAGGUCUUACGAUGGAUGCUUCUCCAGCACCCUUGCUCCCGAUCUGGAGCUUGUCGUUCGAUCAAAUGCUACAUGGGCCAUCUUUGCCAGAAGCCAGGAUGUAAGGCUGUGAAGAGCUGGCAAUGCCGGUUCAACCAGAAUGCCCAUACCCUCGAGCUCAAAAUUACCCGCUGGGACGUACCAACCGACCAGGAUGUUAUCGACCAAUGGUCUGUCAGUGACGGGUCCAUUGGAAACACUUCCCCGAGCUCAAUGCUGUUCGACUAA